UCUGUUUCGUCGUUUUGUCCAUCUUCUGUCUCAUCCAUAUUAUCCAUAUAUCCACAUCAGCCACGCACGCACUGGUCUGUCUGUCUGCACAGGCAACGUACCCACGCACACUCACACACACACACAUAUGCCAUGCAUCUCCCUCCUGCUCACGCCGCCCCCCUGUCUAUCUUUUUUCGAAUUCACUCGUCCUGGUCUUCCUGCUCUCUCGGUGGGGCGUGCUGUAUGCCCCUGUUCCACGUCGGAACGUACCAGGGGAAGCGACUGUCCCCCUUGUCACCUUGCCUCAACAGCGCUGACACAUAUGGCAGCCACGGCUGCCAGGCUCGUCGGCGCUUCUUCCCCACUCUCUGCGGCUGGUCUCGGCCCGCACCCAGAGUGACGUGGGAGAGGUCGCAUGCGGCCAUGAACGCCCUGAAUGAAUGAAGUCAACAAACAGAGGGGAGGGAGGGAGAAUGGGUCUGUGUGGUUGUUGUGGGUGGGGUGGCUGACGCUUUGGUUGGUACAUACUUGAUGCCCUCUGUGCCGUCGUAGGAAUAAGAUAUGGGCUGCAUGGGUGGCUGCUCAUCUUGCUCGCUGCCCUUUUGCUCAGACCGCUGCUGCUGCUGCUGCUGCUUUUGGGGGUUGGGUGGCUGUGGCUGUGGCUGUGAGGGGAGGGGCACGGUGAAGGUAACCUUCCUGUGGGUGCGGUGCAGCAAAGACGGGCGGGCAUGUGGAAGGAAGGUGAGUGUGGCCGUGGCUUGUGGUCGUCACGCGAUCAUGACUUACUUGGGCCUUAUGAGCCUGACGAGCUCGCACAGCUCUGGAUAGGACGAAUGCAGCGAAUAGGGAACUCUCUGAUCGAACGAGAAACAAAAGUUACGUGCACAAUAUAUGUAAUGUGGAAGGCCCGUUAGUAUCUAUCGUCGUACCGUACCACGAUCUCUGUGCCUUGGCGCUCCCACGGCACGUACGUGGCCGACCAGCCCGUCAACAGCACUCCCAGCACUGAAACCAACAAACACAUGAAUGACACUUCUAUACAGGCGGGGCGUCGAGCAACAGAGUGUCCCUCCCUGCUAUAAAACCUGGAAGGGCCGUCUUCCCCUGGUAGCGCCUGAACGAUACGCACAACAGACACACAGCACAGGUUAGGUUACACGUUCGUGUCCAUGCGUCGACAGACCAGACCGUUGCUCCCUCCGCCUACUCGACUGUCUUCUUGAGUGUCUGUCGCGACACGGCACGCACGAGCCCACAGGACGACGCAGCACCAAUGUCGUUUGCUCCGUUGCUCGUUGUGGCGUCAGAUACAGACGGCAGCACAUCCGCAUCAGCACCAUUAUUGCUGUCCGUAUCAACUGCAGGCACACGACACCGCAGGAAAGUAGUUUUCAACAUGUGGGCGCUCAAUCAAGGACGUACCAUCGUUGUCGGCCGCGUCGUACGCCUGGAAGUGCUGCGGAGGGAAGCCAGCGUCGGCUAUCGUGUCAAGGCGGCUCUGCGACACCUCAACCUGAGGAGAAAGAGGCCGAUACGGAGAUUCCGCCGACACCCACCGAGUGAGUGCACAUGUGAUGUGGAUGACGUCGAUUCAGUCACCUUUGUGUUGAGGGCUUCUGCAACUGCACAGAGAAGGUCCUCCUUGCCGAGGGUGUCUAUCUGCAGACGGCAGACGAAGAACAAACAGAGGAUGCUGUUGCUGCAUGCCGACACUGUGUGUGUCCGGCUCCUUCCUCACCCCCAGAAUGGCAAUGCAUGGCCAAUAGGACUUGAGCAUGUUCACCACCUCCCUCGCCAACUCGGCCUGACCAACAUCGGUCGACACGCACACACAUCCAGCCACGAAUGAAUGAAUGAAUGAAUGGAGCCGAGCGACCUCCGACCUCUCCCCCUCCCCCUGCCCCUCCCAGUUUUCUCACUCACUCGUGCAGGGAAGUCGAAGCCGGGGUGGCAGUAUGUGUUGUCCAGAAACAGGUUGUCGAUCACGCACCGCUCACGCCGCCGCCCCACACCACCAUCUCCCUCUCCAGCUAUCGGCAGCCCUCCCUCCCCCUCCCCCUCCUGCCAAUCGCUAUCACCGAGACCAAGAGUGACCAUCUCGCCCAGCCCGCGAUCAUCGUCACUCUUCUCCCCAUCGACAGAUAUCACCGCCGGUGCCUUGGCUGCCUCCUCCCGCCGCCUCUCACGCACCGAGGGCUGGAAAUCGGACGACAGCCGCAAGAUGGUCUUAAGGUCGCGGGUCAUGCGGCACCCGCCAUCCGCCGGUGGCGGUGUCGUCAGGUCGAUGGGGCGAUGCACUCGCCCUUCCCCCCUCGCCGCCCGUGGCGGCUCGUAGCGGCAGUCGCCCGUGUGCAGGUAAGACCCGAAGGCCGGCGACUGGAGCCAUAUCAUAGUGGCGCCCGGACAGUGGCUGGCAUCGACCAGCAUCACGUCCACGUCGGCAUCCGUGCGGCAGUAAGGCCGGUUGUGCUUGGUGGGGCCACCUUUGUCUUUGUCGUGUGGUGGUGGUGGUGGUGGUGGCGCUGCGGCGGAGGGUGAUGCGAUGGGCACGCAGGAGGGCGGCUGGAACGGGGGGAGCUUUGCUUCGUUGGUGCUGAGCCGAUAGAUCUGAUUCAGCUCUAGUGGAACCUGAAAGACCACACACACGCAGAUGGACGGACACAGACGCACGAAUGCAGUGCAGUGACAGCAGGGAGUGAUUUGUUGACUCUGGUUCUCACCAGAAGUGUGUGUUCUCACCAGAAGAGGCUGCAGGUGUGGGAACUUCUGAAGCAGGAGUUUGCAGCAGACGGGAGAGCAGUAGAUGAAUCCGCCCCCCCAUUGGUUGCUCAGCCCCGUCAGGUGGUCGGCAUGGGUGUGAGUGAGGAAAUAGACGUGAGGCCCGCCCCUCACUGGACCGAAGUAGUCGACAACGAUGUUGGUAUCGGGCAGAGGCCGCUGCAUCAAGGGCUACUGAGGCCAAUGAAGGGUUGUGGCACACUCCUGCAAUGAAAACGUGUGGAUCAGCGCUUCAGAG